AUGACCGAUAGAAACAAUGAAAGAUCGCCGUCACCAAAGCGUCUCAAAAUUGAAGCAGAGAAUGAUCAAAAUGUAGAGAACAAUGCGAAUUAUCAACAUCAUUUGACGCUGCAAAAAAUGUACGAUACGUGUCAAGAAGUGUUGGACAAACAGAAAAAUCUCGAACAAGUCCAUGAAAAUAUGCUCAAAGAGGUUCUGGAGAAGCAGAAAGAUUUCGAAACUUCCUUAGUCGACAAGCUCCGUUCCGUUGAAAGUGAGCUUCAAUUGAUUCGAGACGACAUGAAGCCAAAAACAGUGACAGCAUCAGUUCCGAAAGAAACCGAUAAUGAGAAUAAAACUGCUUCAGAUUAUGAAAACAAGAGUGCUACUGUGCCGACUACUGGAAAAUACUUCGUGCUAAAACAUGUCUUCAAGAAUAUCACAAGUUUGGAGCAUUUGGAUAGAAUGUACAGUGAGAAAGAAGAACAUUUUGGUGUCCCAUGGAGGAUCCUAAUCCAGAGGGAUAUGGUCCAUCUUGGAAUUUUCUUGAGCUGUGCUGCGAAGAUGGAUGAUCAAAAAAUGUCUUUUGACGUUGAAUACAAAACAAAAAUAAUGUCUACUACUGCAAGAAAGUGGAGUAAAAAAGAACGCGACGUUUUUCAAAAUUUAGAACUGGAGAAUGAAAACGGAUGGGCUGAGUUCAUAAAAUGGACGGUAUUGGAAAAAGACUUCCUUGUGGAUGGCGAACUUACUGCUGAAGUUCAUGUAAAUAUCAAGAAAACAACUGGAAUUUACAAAGAUAAUCUGAGAAGUUUCGACGAGACAAUGGAAGAAUUUUCAGAUGUUGUACUAGUUGUCAACGAAGAGAAAUUUUAUGUUCUAAAGUUGUAUUUGGCUGCUCACUCUCCAUAUUUCAAAGCCUUGUUUUUGGGAAAUUUCAACGAUUCGAAAAAAUCUGAAAUCACAUUGACAGGAAUCGAUGAUGAUGAAUUCCAGAAAUAUCUCGAAGUUCUUUAUGGAGAAAGUGCAAUUGAUGAAUUCACAGUAGAAGGUAUCCUCGUGGUGGCUGAUAUGUAUGAUACUCCUACGGUCAUUCGAAAAUGCCAAGAGUUUCUACUCGAAAAAUCAAAGAAAUCAUUGAAGAAAAAGUUGGAUUUGUCUACUCGAUACAAUUUGGAAGGACUCAAGAAACAAUGCCUCGGCAAGAUCAAAUCAGUCGCCGAUAUUCGAUCCGUACUGUCAGAGGAUAUUCGUGAACUGGAUCCAUCGAUUAUGCCAGAACUUCUUAAAAAAGCACUCGCUCUUCACAAUCCCCAAUAG